UGGCGCGUAUAUUAACCACCACCGGCAAAACACCCACAAAAGAGGCGAUCACGCUUAAAGAACCGAUCAACACUAUACCUAUCCCUUCAGCUACACAUUACCAAAAAAAAAAAGCUUUAGGCAAAGAGAUCAAGCGACUGAGAGUGUUGUGAAGACAGAACCAAACCACGAUCUGUACUUUUUUUUUUGUCUCUUUCUCCAAAUAAAAACAAAAAACAAAAUUUCCUUCCGGACACUCCCAUUUGAUCGGAGAUCAACAAUUGAUUUGUUCUGUUCGGCACGAGAAAGAAACAAUGGAACAGCAGGGUGGCACCGACGAAGAAGGAUCGCGGUCGGAUCCAGGAACCGAAACUGGUAUUGAAGCUUCGAUGUCGCGGUUAGGGUUGCGAGGCGGAGGAAAUGAAUCGUACCCGGAGAGACCCGAUGAGCCAGAUUGUGUCUAUUACUUACGAACCGGUGUUUGCGGGUACGGGUCUAGAUGUCAGUUCAAUCACCCACCAAACCGUCCACCGGUCUUGGGAGGUCUCAGAGCAGAAGCUGGAGAGUUCCCAGAGAGAAUGGAACAACCCGUGUGUCAGCAUUUUAUGAGAACGGGAGAAUGUAAGUUUGGUGCUUCUUGCAAGUAUCACCAUCCUAGACAAGGAGGAGGAGGAGGAGGAGGAGAUUCUGUUACUAGUCCUAUCUCAUUUAAUCACAUGGGAUUCCCAUUACGUCCGGGUGAGAAAGAAUGUCCCUAUUACAUGAGAACCGGCCAGUGUAAAUUCGGUUCCACCUGUAAAUUUCACCAUCCUGUUCCUCCUGGUGAUCAAGUUCCAUCGCAGCAGCAGUUAUCAACUGGUCCAGCUAUUUAUCCACCGCUUCAGUCUCAACCAUCGCAGCAAUUCGGAGUAGUUGUACCAAGACCUCAGCUUUUGCCAGGCUCAUAUGUUCAAAACCCUUACGGUACUUACAGCCAAAUGGUUCUUCCUCCCGGCAUGGUUUCAUACUCUGGCUGGAACCCUUACCAGCCUUCUGUGAGUGCAAUACCUUCUCCUGGGACUCAACCGUCUAUGGGACCAAGCUCUGUUUAUGGAACUACACCGUUAUCUCCUUCAGCUCCUGCUUAUCAAUCUGGUCCAUCUUCAAACAAAGAACACUCUUUUCCUCAGCGACCUGGACAACCUGAGUGUACCUACUUUAUGAAAACAGGAGAUUGUAAGUUCGGAACCUCUUGCAGAUACCAUCAUCCUAUGGAAGCAGCAGCAUCGCCCAAGGGAGUUGCUCUCAGCAAUAUUGGCCUCCCACUUCGUCCUGGCACGGCACCAUGCAGCCACUUUGCGCAACAUGGGAUUUGCAAGCUUGGGCCUGCAUGCAAAUUUGACCACUCCAUGACCUCUUCUUUGAAUGACCAAGGCACAGAGCUUCACUCUUCGAGCUCCAUUAAACCCACAACCACAACUAGUGGUGGUGGCUCAGAAACUACUGGUGCUGCUGGAGUCUCUUCGUCUUCUUCUUUGACCGUUGGUGUAAGCCAUUCCGAGCCUACUGAGCGCAAAGAUGGUGACUCAGUUAGCAUUGAGGUUAAGACUUCAAGUUAAAAGAGACAAAACUCAAAAGGAGAGAAGAGAACCUCACUCUACUCUUCUUAGAAUUUGUCUCUCUAUCUCUCUCAACUUCUUCUUUUCUAUCAAACUUUCAUGAGCUCAUGAACAUGUAGAGAUUUUUUUCUGGGGUGGAGAGACAACAACAAGAAGCAAAAGCAGAGAGAGACGAAAGCAGCUCUAGUUUUUUUUUUGUGUUAUGUCUCUCCUCUUAUGUCUCUCUUACCAAGUUCAUAAGAUUCCUUCACACUGUCAUCUCUGUUUAUCUCUUUUUUCUUUUAACUUUCCGGAUUGAUUAUUGUUAAUAAAUGGAAUUAUAUAUUCACGAAGA